AUGUCGGCGAAGCAGAAGAACACAAGUAGAAAGCGGAAGGAGACGACAACGUCGCAGCAUCGGAGCCACCACGAGGGAGAAAUUGGCGGCAGGAAUGGAAAUGGUCAGUCGAAGCGGCGAAGCAACCAUCAUUCAUUGAAGCAAGAUGUUGAUGAUAUUCAUAACUCUCCGAAUGUUCUUUGGUGGUUGAGUACAGAGCCUCACGUUCCUUUGGAGCGAGAACAGGAUCUUUGCAAUGCCAUCCUUCGAUGGGGUCAAAAGGAACGAGGGAUGCUCAAGGACCAGCCGGAGUUUCGUGUUCGUCAAAUCCGGCAACGAUGUCAACGCAAUCGAAUCCAUCUGUCUCAAGCAUGUUCACUGCGUCGUCAUCAUAUGUCCGACUUGAAUCCUUUCAAGUCCAAAGAAGCGCUACUUUUGGGUCAGUCUGCUGACAUCAAAGCAUCGGCCACUUUAUUUGAAGACGCCGUCGCCAAAUUUCUUCAAACGAAGGGUAUUGGAUACUACACCGAACAAGAGCAAAAGGCCCAGCUUUCCCAAAACAAUCCGCAAGCAUCGAAACGGGGAACACCCGAUUUCAUGAUGAAGAAGCCUAUUCAAUUGAAUGUAUACUCGGUGGAUCGACGCAACAAUCAUCGACGGCGUGUGCACGCAGAGCGAACCAUUCAUUGGAUCGAAGCCAAAAUGUUUUAUGGAGCUUCGACCAUUCGCGAUCCCAGAGGCGCCGUAGGAUCCAUACCCGCCAAGAUGAAGAAAUAUGUGGAAUUCUAUGGGCAAGGGGCCAUUGUGUUUAGUCAAGGCUGUGGCGAUGCAUUGGCUGCGGAAUUGGCGGAAAUUGGUGUCACAGCAUUGAAUUGUUCCGGCAAUGAAUUUGACUUCUCUGAUCUCCAUCGACAUCAACGAACGUGGUGUGCCGACCAACAGGGAAAUAUUCUUCCAUAG